AUGAAGGAUGAAGAAGAGAAUAAAAAAGGAGAACGCCCUACCAUAUUUUACUAUGAAAUAUACGAAAAAUUGUGCAUCUACUAUGAUUGCGCAGUUAAUGAAAAAGAAAGGAAAAAUAAAAAAUUUUUUAAACGGAAGAAAACAAUUAACGAAUUAAGGAACAUUCAAGAUGAGUUAGUGGAAUUUGUUGAAUCAAAUAUUGACUUCAUUUCAAACCCAUUUUAUUUCUUAACCUAUGAAGAAGAGGAUGUAAAUAAAAAUGAAUUGAAGAAUUAUUUAGCUAGCAAAUAUACAAAUUUAUUAAGUUUUAUGGAUGAUAUUAUAAAAUGUGCAAUAAUUUUAAAUAGAAAUGUAUAUUAUGUGUGUGAACUGUUUAAUAAUGUUUAUUUAAAAAUUGAAAAGGAUAAUAUAGUUAACCAAGUUAUGAAAUCGGAGUAUAUUUGUGAAAUUUUUAAAGAAUGUAUAGAAAAGGAAAAUUUAAUUAUAAUGAUCUUUUUAGAAAUACUCAAGUACUUGAACAGAAAUGAAAAAGUCGGCGCAAGUAAGAAACACAGACAUAGGAAUAACCGUACUGCUACUCGUAAUAGCACUCGUAGUGGUACCCAUGAUGAGUAUGCAAAAUUCGGUAGAUACAGUGAAAGGAAGACCAAUAUUACGGAUAAUGAAUUGAAAAAACCAAAAUAUGAAGAGGGUAAAACAUCGAAUGUUCUAAGUUCUUCAGAUAACUCAUUAGAUAGUAUAAACAUUUCAAAAAAGAGGUCGGAUAGCAGUUUAAAGAAAAGAAUAAAUGCAGAUAGGUUUUCUUUAUAUAUUCUUAUCCUCUUAACAGAAAAUGAUUUUAUUGAAAACAUUUUUUUAGAAAUUGACAAAAUUAUAAAAUUCAUAAUAAAAUAUGAUGACAUAUGUGAUAAAAUUGAAUAUGUGUUUAAUUACAAAACACAUAAAAUUAAUAUUCUUUUUAAUUUAAUUGAUAUAUUGUUUUUAUAUUAUUCCAAAUUCCAAGCGAAUACAAAUAUUAUAUCAAAAAUUUUCAAGUUAUUAAAUCAUUUGGUAUCAUCCAAAUACUUUGACUUCAUUUCAACAGACUAUUAUGUGAAGGAGUUAGACAAUAUGCUAUUCUUAGAAGCAAAAAAAAAAAAAAAAAAAUUUUUUUUUCAAUAUUUAAAGACUAUAAGAAAUAAUAAACUUAUAGCACAAAUGGAUGAUUACUAUAAGUUAGAUAUAAACAUGUCUGAUCCUACUUUCAUCAAAAUGGAUGAAUUAAACGAUAUAUCCUUGAAUGCCAACCAGCCGACGUCUACCAUCUUAACGCACUUGAAUAAAAACAGACUCACCGAUUUUGUUAGUGCGCAUAGUGGUGGCACAGUGCAUCAAGAGAACGUAGGGGUAGUACGAGCAGCAGGGGCAGUGGGUGCAUCAUCUUUAUCCUCUUCCACUACUUCCGUUUCCCCUUUGACGAGUGAGAAAGGUUUCCUACCGAGCAUUGUGGGGUCGACAGGGGGUGGUGGAUGCACAAAUGCAAGUACGAACAUUGUCUUGAAUAACCCAUUACAGAGUAGCCUUUUUAGCAGUAAUGUAGAAACAAACAGCGAGAAGACUGGGAAGAAUAAUGCCCAUGAUAAUAAUAUUCAAGGGAGCAGCGGUAGAAGUAGUAGUAAUAAUCUAAUGCAAAGCAACAAUACGAAUGUGAAUUCUAUACCUAAAAUUUUAAUAAAUGACGAAGAAAAAAAAUCAAAUGACAAUGUAUACAACAGUAUACCUCCCAUUGAUAUAUUGGAAGAAGAAUCUAAAGAUAAACGAUACAAAUUAUAUGAACAGUGCAAUAAUAAUAUAAAGAAUAGUUAUUAUUUGAAUCGGUGUUUAGAUUGUAGUGGGUACUGGUACAACUGUAACUGUAGUCUUAACGAUUUUGAUAAAUCCAGUUUGACCUUAACUACGCAAAUUAGUUUGUUAUUAAUAUUGUGCUUACAUCCAAAUAUUGAAAAAUAUGUUUAUGAAAAAAGGAAGAAUAGUAAUUUGGAAAGUAAUAACUCUUCACCAGUUAAAGAAGAUGAAAAUUAUUUACAAGAAUUAAAAGAAAAAAAAAAAAAAAAAAAAAAAAAAAUGGAUUUUCAUCAUUUUUAUAUACCAGAUGUGUGGAAAUACAACUGCAUGAGUUCACAGAAGGAGUACAAGCAUUUAAUGAGUAUAAAGAAUACAUACUCUAUUAGCACGUCCUUCAUAAGUGAAAAUAUAUCCUACUAUUAUUUGCUAUUUACAAAAAUAAAUGAGAACAGAAAGAAAAAAAACAAUAUGAAAGUGGUAGACCACACCGACGAUUUUUGGAGCUCAUGUGGAAGCGGCACUGUGGGCGGUACUAGCGGGGGAAAUAGUGGGGGGAGUGUUGGCGCACGUCAGGUCUGUACGAACUGCAACAGGUGUAGCUCUGUUGAUUCAAAUAUCGUCCUGCUGAAGUUUGUUAUAAGUUUAUUUACAAGCAACAGGGAGGAAAUCUUUAAUACUAUAUUUGAAGAUUGCUUUUUUAAAGUAACAUAUGAUACUAUUUUGAAAAGAAUAUCUAGCUCAACAUUGAUAGGAAGUUUAAUAUUCCAUUUGUUUCACUUAACCUUUUCCUUUUCAUUUAUUAAGAAUUCAAGAACAACUGACCUGUGGAACACCUUUAUCGACUACCAUAUUAAGAAGGACUUUCAUAUAAGAAAUUGGAAAAAAAGUGGAACUGCAGGAAGAAAUAUAAUGUUGUACCCGAGUGAAAGGGUUUUAUGUGCUAGGUGUCGAAUGGCAGGGGUGAACGAAGUAGUAGAUGUAGUGGACAAACUUGACAUAGGGGAAGGAGCAGGUAUAGGAGAAGUAGAUGAAGUAGAAGGUGGCCAAGUAGACGAAACACACGAGAUAGGGAAAGUAGACCAAGGGAACAGUUCGUUGGUUACCCUGUCUAAUAACAUUAUUUAUAUUUAUAAAAAAAAAGGCGAAUAUCUUAUUGAUGUAUUGAAUUUUUUAAAAAUUAUAUGUAAUAACUACCCACGGUUGAACACAAAUUAUGUGUGCAUAUUGAAAAAUGUAAUAAAUAGAUACCACUCUAGAAUUAUAGAAUUUUCGGAAUUUGACGAAACUAUUUAUCAUCAUAAUUUAGAUCGAAUGAACGAGUUAGGUGGAGGUGGAAAAAAUGAGAGUGAAAAAUUUUUUUGUUUAAAAGAAAGUAAAUAUUAUAAUAUUAAUGAAGAGAGAAAAAUUAUCCUAAUGAAAUAUAGAAAUUUAAAAGUAGUUGCUGAUGAAAAGAUGAAAAUUUGUUUAGAUUUUUACUCAGAUGUAUUUGUGCACAUCUUAGACUUUGCUGCAGUUCUUUGUAAUAAUAUAUAUGAUUUAAAAAUCAUUGAAAAUAUUGUCCUUUGUUUCAAAACACCUCUAACUGCAAAUUUGAAUAUAUUCAACUUAACGAAAAAAUUGUUUAACCAGUUCACUUGUGCUUUAAGCGGUAAAUAUAAUGAAUUUUCGAAGGUUACUAAUAAGCAGCAUAUAUAUGAAAGGACAAAAAAUAAUGAGAAGGUGCAGAUUAAUUUUUUGGAUGAAAAGUUUUUUCAUAGUGGUAAUAGUAAUAUGAAUAGUAAUAUGAAUAGUAAUAGGAAUAGUAAUAGUAAUGAUGGAAUUGGUAUUGGUAUUGGUAGUGACAACAGUGGAAAUUUCCAGCUCGACAGGGAAUUGUAUAAAAAUAUGUUGAGCAAAGUUAGUGCAAACUCCUCCGUAGAUGGUAAGAAGGAUAUGUAUAGUAAAGGAAAAGAUGAACAUGAUGAUGCUUCCUCGACGUUUUAUUUUACAUAUCUCUAUAAUUUUAAAAUUAGUUUAUUAGAAAAAUUAUUUCAACAGAACAGUUACUUAAAGGAAAUUUUAAAAAAUAAUAAUCUGUUGCAUUAUCUUCAGACCAAUAAUAUAUAUUUAUCCAACUUAAUAAAAGAAAAUGAGUUAGUUGAAAAACAUUUGCAUGAAAAAAAUAUUUUUAAGUCGUACACAGCACAUUAUAAUAGUAAUAAUAAUGCGUAUUGGAAAAAUCUAUCCAUCGAGAAUGACUACAAUAAUUGCAUCAAAGAGGUGAACAAGAUUUUGGAUGAUAUAGAACAAAGCAAUUCGAAGUUGAAGCUUUUUGUGAGUUGUAAGUCUGACGCUAUGCAACCUAUUGCUCUGGGUAGUACUAGUAUUAGUAAUACACUAACAAAUCCAAACCAUGGGACGGAUGGAGUGAGUGCAGUUGGUAGAGCGAGUGGAGCGAACGCGGAAGGAACAACCCCCCUUGUGGAAAAAAAGAACCUACCUAAUGGAAAUGGUACUGAAGAGAACAUCCUGGAACAGAUGCUGAAGGAGAAAGAUUGCAUCAACUACCUUUUGAUUGAAAACAAAUUGACAGAAAAUUUGUUAAGAGAAAAUAAUUUUCUUAAAAGCGAAUUUACAAAAUAUAACAUAGUGGAUUUGUUUUUUAAAAAUAAAUUUGGAUCAGCUCUUUUGGACAAUUUGAAAAGUAUCAUGCUAAGUGAAUAUAAUGUGAAUCAAGUUUUAUCGUAUGAGGAAAAAUUCCGAUCAUUGAGGAAAAAUAAUGAUGGGUCAUAUAACAACAAGGAAGCUAUUAAAAUGUUUUUUGACGAAAAUAAAAAUGCUGUUGAUUUUUUUAAAGAAAAAAAAUAUGAAAUCCCCAUAUUGAAAGAUGAUGAUUCGAGUACAAUAAACGAAAAUAUAAUGAACAGAGCAAAAAUCAUUUUAAAAACAGAAUUACAAAGAGAGAGGAAAAGAAACAUAGAUGCACGAUACCUUUUGACAAACAUAUUUGAAAGAAGUUUCUAUCCAUAUAAUUGCAUAAAAAUGCUAGAAAAGUGCUUAUUAUUCCUUUCCUCAGUUAACAAUAAUAAAUUAUGUUACUACUUACCAAUAAAUAAAAAUUUGCUCAUCGACUAUAUUUUACUAGAGCACUACGACGGUGGUACUACAACAGGUGUGGCUGCUACUGGCAUAGGUGGUACUACUAAUGCCAAUACUGUCUCUACUACCCCCUCCUCAGUAAAUGUCGAAAAAUUGAAGGCAGAGCUGAAGGAAAAUAAUGAAUAUAAAUUAGAAGAUGAGAACAGAUUAUUUAAAAUAAAAAAUAGGAAAUAUAAUAAUUUAAUUUCUUUGAUAGAUACACAGAAUAUGACUAAUACCACUAGAUUUAAGAAUGUAUUUAUUCAUAAUCUAAAUAUGCAAAAUAAAAUGAAAGAAGCUAAGGAUAAGCAUGUUAAGCAGUACAAAACUAUGCAUUUAUUGGAUAUAAUAUAUGAAAUAAUAAAAACGAAAUAUAACCCAUCUAUUGAUAUGCUUAACUUAAAAUGUAUAUGUAUAGAAAUUCUAUGUUCUAGCUUUGUUAAAAAUUCCUCAUCUGCUUUAUCAGUUUUGUGUACAUUGACAGAGUUAUUUCCAGAUAUAUUCAUUGAAAUUAUGAAGAAAUAUAAAGAACAAAAGCAAAAUGUAAAAAAUAAAUUGGAUUAUAUUGAUAGGCAAAUAUCACUUGGACAUAUUAAAAACAACAAACUACAACAACUCGCUAACAAUUUCGAUCUUCCUUAUUUUAAUUUGAAAAUCAUCAUUACGUAUAUGAAGUGUGUAAACUUUUUACUGUACAUGAUAGGUAUUAAGAGAAAAUUCAAUUUAUCACUCAGCAAAAUAUGGUAUUUUUUUAACAAUAUCGACAAAAUUGAAGAAAUAGAUGCAGAAAUUAGGCGGAAAGGGAUUAGAAGAGGUAUGCGGAGGGACAAUUAUGAAUAUGAGAGAAGUAUGAACAGUGUGAACUGUGGCGCACAGAGUAGCAGCAAACCGGAUAGCAGCAGCAGCAACUACAUCUUCUUCGACAUUUUUUUUAACUUCGACUUGUUCUUUGAUGAGCUCGAGGGGGAAAACGAUCAGGAGCAUGAACAAGAGCGAGAGCAGCAGGAUGAGGAAGGGGGAGGCGGUGAAGCGGAAGGAUCAGGAAGAUAUAAGGGAGAGAGGACGAAACUUCCUACCGGUUUAAAGGACGAUCCAAAUGAUGUGUUUGAAAAUUUUCUUAGAAAAAAACUAAUGAUAACAGAUAAGGAAAAAAAUAUAUGCAAACAUUUAAUUUUAUUAACAAACUAUAUCGUUCAAAAUAUUUUUUAUAAUCUAAUAAACAAUUUUAUUUUAAAAAAAAUUAGGGAUAAAAAAUAUGAAAAAGAAGAUAUAUUGGAAGAAGAUGUCAAGCUCGAAAUUUUUAUGAACAGGCAAGAAAAUGCCAUUUUUAAAAGAAGAUAUAAUUAUUAUAUUCAUAAAACUAAAAAUAUACAAGAUCAUAUUUUUACCAUUCAAAAUGAAAUUAAUCUUAACAAUGCACACAUUCAACAAAUAGAGCAAGUAUUCAAGCAAAGAAAUAUUCCUUUUGAGCCGUACAUUUUAUCACAAAAGGUUUUUGAUAAAUCCUUUUCUGAUUUAGCAAGUUUUGAUACGUCCAUUAUAUCUACUCGUCCAUACGGGGAAUCAGGUAUUGAUAUAGGUACGAAGACGUAUCUAACCGGGGCUGGAACGAACCACUCAGGCUUUCUCAAUGCAGCAUCGUUAGUAGCGGGGGGAGGUAUGGUACCUGGUACAACCUCAACAAAUGUAUUACCUACAAACACUGCGACAUUGUUUGGUGAUAAGGACGUUCUAAGUAGUGGAAAAGGAUUCUUCUCUAGUAAUUUAACGAAUGUGGGAGAGGCAUCGUCUCCCUUUUCGUUGUUCAAACAAGGGGAUAAAUUAGGUGGAACAUUAAGUCGUGCAUCUAAUUUAUUGACUGGUAAUACAGGUCAGUCUAGUAUUUUUGGAACAUCGUCAAAUAACCUAACUCUAAACAGCCCAGGGGCAACGGGCACUGGGUUAUUUACCACUCCAGCAACUACUGCAUCUCCUUCCUUGAGUAAUUCUAGAACAGAAUAUGAAUCAUCUUCAAGAUUACCUUCGAAUUCACAGGCAACGACAAUCUUUUCGUCUCUAUUACAACCAGGUAGUUUACAAGCCGGAAGUAUGAGUACUGGUGCUAGUACAGGUUCUACAUUGAACAAGGGGGGAACGAGCAUCUUCUUUAACACCUCACUACCAGGUAGUAGCAAUAUGAAAUCAGCAACAGGUUCUAAUUUGUUUGCAUCUAACCAGACAUCAACAAAUUUCGGGGGAUCCACUGGUUUGUUUGCAUCUGUAACAGAUCCGAACGUCAGGGAUAAUAACAUUAUUAAUAACAUUAAUAGUAGUAGUGGUGGUAUUGGUGGUGGUUUGUUUGGGUUCAGUCAGAAUCAGUCAUCUACCAGCAACCUAGCUCUUAAUGAUACAAAUAAACUUUUUGGUGGAACUACAUCUGUUGGUCGUGGAUUGUUUGGAAAUACUAACUCAAUGUUGACAAAUGCAUCUCAGAAUAAUUCCACUCCAUUUGGUACAGGGUUUUCCCAAUUGAAUACGUCAAAUGUAGGCACAAAUAUGAUGAGUAGUGCAAACAGUGGUGGUAAUAAUACUACUAACCUAUUUGGAAGUAUAUCAAAUAAUAAUAUUCAAGGAGGAGCAGGAGGAGGAGGGGGUCUUUUUGGAGGAAAAUAUGCAAAUCCUAAUCAAACAAACACCAUGCAGAGUAGUUCAUCCGCAUUUGGUAAUAUAACAAAUACUAUGAACAACAAACCUAGCUUAUUUUCCCCCGUAAAUCAGAAUAGCAUUUUUACAAAUACAUUUUCUGUAAUACCGACUAGUAACUCUUUGCAGUCGUCCCACUUUAAUACUAUUCGCACGGGAGCCAAUGUAUCUACAAGUAGUUUUCUCACAAGUGUCAGUGAUAAUAAUAGUAGUAAUAUUAGUAAUAUUAAUAGGUUAAAUCAGAACAUAGGGAACUCUUCUUCCACCAAUUUUAGUAAUUUCCCAUCAGGAGGAGCUUUGACAAACCAAGGCUUCUCAAACCCCAUGAUAAAUCAAUCAACGGGCUUAUUUAGCAAGAAUUUAUUAGACACUAACUCAGCUAUGCAGAAUCAGCAAAAUGCCUCAUCACUGCCAUCUACUUCUUUAUUUACUUUUGCAAACAAGACUCCAUUGCCCCAGUCAUCCUUUGGAUUAACAGGAGGAAUGUUAUCAAAGAGUGGAACCCCCUUUGGAAGCAAUAAUGCUACAUCUUUGUUUAAUCCCUCAUCGUCUACUUUUACAAGUACCAGUAGUAACAGUCUGUUCGGGGGUAUGAGGGGAACCCAAAACAUUUCUCCGUUGAGCAGUACUAAUGACAAGGCCACGCCUGGCCUUUUUUCCGGUCUAAGCACAGGUAUCAGCGGAAACACCACUAUAAUAGGGGGUAAUAACACAAACCAGAGCCUCAUAUCUUUUAAUAAUCAAGAUUUGUCGAAAGUAAAUCCCACUACAAAUAGCCCCUUUACUGCAAACCAAUUUUCCACGAACCCUCUUUCCUCUAACAGUUCGUCUGUAUUUUCAAAUCUAAACCAAACCAGCGGCAUGUUUUCCAAUACAGGCAGGAACUUCCUUCCAUCUGGGUCUCUGGGCUCAGCUAACAAUUUAAUGGCAUAUCCUAUGAUACAUAACCUAGAUCAACUGAAAGUAUAUUACGAAGAGUUAAAGGUAAAAACUAAUAUGUUAAAUGCCGAAGUUUAUAAGUGCAAAAUUGAGCUUAAAAAAAUAGAACGUAGUAUACAAAAAGAAAAAAAAAUUUAUAUAAUUAAAGAAAAUAAAUUAAGAGAAGACAAAAGGAAGUCAGAUAUCAAUUUUAAGGAUAACGAAAUGUAUAUACUAAUUAUUUUAGUGUUCAUAUAUUUCAAGUUAAUUCUAAAGGGACCAUUACCAUCUAAUGAUAAUAAUAAGAAAAUAAAUGAAAUUAUGAAUGAACGAUAUGAAAAUUUAUGCGAUUUUAGGCCAACCAUGUAUUUAUUUAUUGAAAUUUUAGGGGAAUCGAGUAAGUUUAUGAACACAUUUUUUAAUAUUAUAUUUUUGGACAAUAUUUUACAUGAAGAGAAUAAAGAUUUGAACGAAACAGUGCUCAGGUGCAAAAACUAUGCAGAUUACGUAAGCAUCUACAAUCAGAGGAAGAGCUUGCUUUUGAAGAAGGACUUGAACGACAGGGAAACCACUACGUCUACUGCUACUGCCGCGGCUACUACUGCUACGUCUACUGCUACUGCCGCAGCUACUACUGCUACGUCUACUGCUACUGCCGCAGCUACUACUGCUACAGCCACUACUACUGAUGGCGCAUCCUUCAGUGUGGGCGAUAAUGGCGGUGGGGGCCCUGCUCCUCCUGCAGAGGGAAGCGGGGUGAUGGAAGGGAGGCGCAUCAACGAUGUAACAUGGGAGAUAUAUUACGAAAAGAAAUUGGAAUAUCUGACUUGUUCGUACUCGAAAGAGCAUUAUAAUUCUUUAUUUCUUUACAAGAUAAAAGAACUUGGUUUGAAUCUUUUAAAAAUAUUAUUCGAAAGAGAUGUGUUGUUUAUUCACAUGUACAAUUUAUGGAAAAAUGAAAAAUUAUUGCAUAAAAAAAUUGAUAAGUUCCAUUUUGAUAUCAAUAUUGUUGAUAUAAAUAAUGCUGAAAGGAGUAUUAUACCAACUGCUACAACAACUACUGGUAAAGAUCCUGAUGUUGAUAGAGAAAUAAAUAUGUCCGAAUCGUUAAUUAAUAAACCUGUAUGUAUUCAUAACUUCUUAUUUAAAAAUAUUAAUAUUAAUUCAAGAACUACGUAUUUAAUAUUAUUAUUAAAAAAUUUUUUUAGAACAAAUGAAAUAAAUAAAAUUAUUAUUUAUUUUAUUUUACAAAUUUUUAUUCGAGACUCAAAAACUACUAUAAAUAUUUUAAAAAGAGAUACUGAUUCUUUUAACUUUUUGAAAUUUGCUUUAAGGAAUAUUUUUAUUUUUAAUCUGAACAGACAGAAAUUUAACAACUGCUAUAUUAUCUCUAAUAGAACAAUCAAGAUGCAAAAUGUCCUGAACAAUUUUGUCGAUUUACCUCUUCUCUAUUUUUUGAAUAAUUCCAGAAAUUAUCAUAAAAGGUAUUGCUUACAUAAAACGAAAAAUAAAAAUCAGUACUGUAAAAACGCAUCCAAUAGUAAGCGUGUUUUGAAUACUUGCAACUGGGCAAACUACAUGCUCAGGGAGCAGAGAAGAGGGGGAAAUCGGCAGUUAAGGGGAGAAGAGGAAGAAAAGGACGGAAAGGAUAAACAGGGGAAGUCCGACCAAUCGAACCAUUCGAACGAGUCCAACAAAUUGGAAGUAGAAAAACCAAUUGAGGGAAACGCCUCCAAAGUGCGUUCUCCUCAUGGCCGUAGUACAUAUCUACACAAUGACAGGAAGCUACGAACUGUUUGUAAAAGUAGGCUUAACAAACAGGAGGGAACCAUUGCUCAUGAUCAGCAUGACCAUCUUGAGGUUAGCAGCAUCGAUGUUAGCAGUAUCGAUGUUAGCAGUAUCGAUGUUAGCAGUAUCGAUGUUAGCAGUAUCGAUGUUAGCAGUAUCGAUGUUAGCAGUAUCGAUGAUAGCAGUAUCGAUGUUAGCAGUAACGAUGUUAGCAGUAACGAUGAUGAUGAUGAAGAGGAGCAUCCACUGGAGAGCUGCGCAAAUAACAAAAAAAUGAACGUUCGAAAGAAGAAGAAAUUUUUAAAAAAAAAUUUAUUGCAUCUAAAUAACGAUUUAUAUGAAAAAAUAAAAUAUUUAAAAAAAUAUGAACAAGGAAUGGGAGGAAAUUAUUACUAUACCAGUAAUAACUACAAAAUGGAUGAUGCAUUUAUUUCUAAUUAUAGAGAAUUCAAAAUGAAGAAAAAAAAAAAACAAACAAAAUAUAUAUAUGAUUACUUAUCUGAUAAUGAUUUAAUAGACACAAUAAAGAGUAAAAAAAUUUGCGUCUUUUAUGAUGACAAGGAAAAGGAAGAAGAAAAUGAUAACCUAACAUUUUACAAUCUCAUUUCUGAAAAUUACAAUGAUAAUUAUUCAAAGAUAGACUAUUAUAAAGAAUUAAAAUCCGUUGAUAACAAUGUUAUAGGUUAUUGUAGUUCUUACAAUUUACUACCUAUUAACAAUUUUUACACAGAAAAAUAUGAUUUUAUCGAAAGUGAGUUAGUUUACGUUAGUGAUUUAAAGUUGUACUUUUAUGUCAAAUCGUACAAAAGGCAUGCCUAUUAUAAGAAAUUAUUGAAUAUUGAAAAUGUUACAGAAAAGAGAGGAGGUAGCAAGAGUGAUGACAAUAAGUACAUCUACGAGAGUAGUAGUAGCUUAUCUUAUAACCACCCCAUCCAGGGGAAUGGAAUAAUCCAUUAUAAUGAAAGUGGAGGUGGUGGUACUCACACUGGUUUGCACUACAGCAGUGAUAGUGGCAUUCGAGGAAAUAGUAGCAGAAGUGGAAAAAGUGGAAGAAGCGGUAGAAUCGGUAGAAGCGGUGGUUUCGGCAGGAAUAGCAUGCUUCGUAGCAGUAACAACGGGUUCAAUUCCGUGUAUCCGCAUAAUGGAUCUAUAAUAUACGGUCAAGAGUUGGUGGAUGAGCACGAGAAAGACAAAUGUUCUAGGGAAAACAUGAUAAGCCGACAACAAAAAAUGCAUGAAAUGAAUAUGAAAAAGGCAAGUAUGAGUAGCAGUGGUAAGAAAAGUAUGCACACGGUAAAUGAUGAUAUUUCAUAUAUUAAUCGAAAGACAUACAACAAAACAGAGGAAGCUAAAGAUAUAGAAAGAAUUGUUGAUAAUGAAAUAAAAUACUAUGACUUCUUUAACAGAUUAAAUAAAAUGAACGAAAAUAUGUUGUUCCAAAAUACAUUCUACGAUUAUAGAGACGACAAGAUGAGAUACAUUGACUAUAUUAAGAAGGAAGUAGAGAAGGAAAAGUUGGGCUUAACCAGUAGUAGCAGUAGGAAUAAGAAAAUCGGUUCUAGUGGCAUUAAUAAUAGUAGUAAUAUCAAUAGUAGUAUCUACAAUGAUAGCAGAGGGACGAAUGGAGGAGGGGAUAAUUCGUAUAAGGAAGGUCUACUUCUACCCAUUAACGAUUUAUUAGAGGCUAAGAAGGUAGAAACGAAAAAAAAGCUAAGUACAGAGUUAAGGAAAAAACAUAUUUUUUUGAAUAACGAAUUAUGUGAAUGGGUCGAACUAAGUCAUUUAUUAAAUGUAGAUAUAGAAUAUAACAAUAUAAGAGGUGCUAACAAUAAUAAAAUUUUGAAUAAUUACAGUAGAAUUCCAAUUACAAAAUUAAUAUUAUACUUUUUUGAAGUCAUUACGAGGAAAUAUUUAUUUCUAAACAGUUCAGAUUCUUUACUUGAAAAUUGCGUUUUAUCAUUACUGGGGUUGUCCUUUAUACCCUCGAAGCAAUUGGAUAAAAAAAAUGUAAUUACAAGCAUCGAUGAGGGUUUAGAGUUAGAAGAAGAAUGUUUUUUGAAAAUUAUGAUAAAUAACGUCAUUGUAAAUUUUUCAAAUUUUGAUCAUAUAUCCGAGCUCAUACAUGUUGACUACUGUGAUAGCCUUGGUGGAAGUGAAGCAGAAGGAGGGGGUGAAGGGAGGGACAGAACGAAGAGAAGAGAUAAGAGGUAUUUUAGGGGUGAAGGAGGUAAUGAGGAGGAUGAUGAAGAUGAUGAAGAUGAUGAAGAUAACAAAGAUGAUGAAGAUGACAAAGAUGAAAAUGAUGAGGGGAUUGAUGACGAGCAAAGACUCAGACCUAUAGGAGCAAUAUCCCCCCGUAUUUGCAAGGAUAAUUCAGAGUACUAUCUAAAGAAAAAAAGCACAGACUACUACAAGAAAAACAUCUUACUAAGCAAUGUUAACAACUAUAAGCAAUAUAACGUAUUUGAGAAAAAUUGCUAUUUUGCCAAAAGUCUUAAUAUAGUAUAUAUGAUUUCUAAAAAUAAAAAAACAAAAGACUAUAUAAUUACAUUAAUAAAUUCAAUGUGGACAAACAAAUUUAAUGUAUUUUAUUAUAUCACUCAGAAUGUAAAUGUUGAGAGAUUAAAAGAUACAGAAAAAAUUCUCUUUUUUAAAAUCUCUUUUCAUAUAUUAAAUAUAUUUAUACCUAUCAUAGAUAACAUUCUGAACAAUAUAGAUAAACAUGUGGACUACUUUAUGCAUUUAAAUUUUAUUCCAGAUGAAUUAGAUAAUAAUAUGAGUAAUAAAGCAACAGAUAAGGUGGAGAAGAAAAACAUCGAGUACAAAUGCUCCAACAUUUAUGAAUUUAUUAAUAAAGAUAAUUUUAAUGAAAAAAAAAGUAUAUUUGAAUUUUUAAACCCCAUUUUUAAUUUUGAUAAUAUAAAAAAUUUUAUUAAUCAUUAUAUUAAUAUAAUAAAAUAUUACAACGAUAAUUAUCUGAAGCAUUAUAUAUAUCAUUACUAUUUAUUUAAUUAUGAUUUUUCUUUUCAAAAUGUGUAUAAUUAUUCUAAUAUGGAGCAUAUACAUUAUAUAAAGAAUGACCACCAUCCCCUUGACAGCCUAUCAACUAACAGUAAUAAUACUGUUCAUGUUUUGUAUACAAAUAUUAUUAAUGCAUAUGUUAAUUUUUGCACACUUUUAAAGGGAUUCACUAACAGUUAUAAUAGCUACACGUAUAAUUCUGUGUUUAGUCCUAGUUACUUGAAAGGUCUUUACAUGUCCAAUGAUAUCCUCAAUGUGCAAAACAAACAAGAAGAUCUAAACGAACUGAAUGCACAAGUCAACUACACAAGGAUUUUAAGCGAUGAUGCAAAUGAGGAAGAUGGCAAAUUUAAUUUUAAGCAAAUGAACGAAAUUAUAGGUAAUCGAAAUUGUCUGCGUAGAUUUCUUAGCAAAUAUUACUUAAGCGGACGUAGAAGCAGGAGUAGAAACCGGGGCAGAAGCCGAUGCAGAAGUCGGUUUAGUAUGCUUGAAAAUGAAGGCGAUGGCCGGAAAUCGAGGAAGGCCAAGUCGAGGGAGUUGCACUACAUAGAAAAAAAUGUGUACAUAUUCAAUAGCUUAAAUUACUUAAAUAUUAAUUAUAAAAAUUGGCUUCUAGUAUACAAGAUUUAUAUUGAGAAAAUUACAUGUUUAGUAGAUAUAGUAUUGAAGAUAAAAAAUAAUAAUAUGAAUAAAAAAUUUUAUUAUUUGAAAAAUUAUUUUUAUAUUAUAAACAAUAUUCAAAAGCAUUUAAAAAACAUUACAACUAUAAUAAAAUCUUCUUAUUAUAUUAAUUUCAAUAUACAGAUUACUCCCAUACUGUUUAUAGUCUAUCUAUUUAUUACCAUAUUUUUCUUUUCUCAUAAUAAUAAUUUUGCAUUCAAUUACUUUUCUUAUAUUAAGAAAGGAUUUAAAAAUUUGUUUUUUAAGCACAAAAAGGAUUUUCCUUUGAAAAAUCUACAAAUUGAUGGGAGCCAAGUUACGGGGAAAGAAAAAGAAGAGGGGCAUCAUGAUAAUGAUGAGAAUGGUGGUGGUGAUGAUGAAGAUGAUGAUAAUGAUGAUGAUUAUGAUUAUGAUGAUAGUAAGGAUGAGGGGGGAACUAAGCAGAAGAGCACGAUAAAGGGGGGGAAGAAACAGGUGCAACAUGAGAACAACAAAGAAAGUAGUAGAAGUAAUAACAACAUUGGUGGUAGUAGUUCCACUAACUGGGAGAUAGGAGAUGAGCUGAAAAUUGAAAAUUUAAAGUACCACAAAAAGUUGAAGAUGAACAACUCCCUUUUUUCAAAGAAAAUAUUAAAUAAGGAGUUUCAAAGUAAUUUGUUAAACAUCCCGAAAAAUAUGAACAACAAUGGGGAUGGUAGUAGUGGUAACUGGGGUAGUAGUAGUAAUACCGCCAUCCUACUUGAAAACGAUUACGUCUUUCUUCACAGGGAUUUGCCGUAUCGAGGUCCGACUGAAGCAGUACAUCCUGGUAGUAGGAGUAGUAGUAUGUACGGCUAUCCAUUCGUUUCCAGGGGCUUAUACUCGAAUGAAUCGAGCAAUGUUAUAGGGAAUACGGGGCAUAUGAGAAAUAUGUACGAAAUCCACAAUUUUGGCAACAAUAACUUUUCUAGGAAAACGGAAGGAAAUGCUUAUACUAGUGGAAUCUUCCCUGGUAGGCACCACCACGAUAUUGUUCAUAUGAAUAAUUUAUACCCAGUCGGAAUAGGAGCAAUGAGUAAUAACUGGCUAAGUAGUAACGAGAAAAAGGUGUAUUAUGAUGUACAUAAUGAAUACUCAAAAUUAAUUUUACGGAGCAACGAAUUCUUUGAUGAUAUGCUGGAAUUGCUAAUAAUACUUAUAACUAAAAAACAUCCCAUUUUAAAUAAGUAUACUGUAAUAUAUAUAUAUGAGUGCCUCUAUACUUUACUAAACAUUUAUCAUUACAAUUACAUGUACAAUGAAGAUUAUAACAAUGUACAGAAAAAAAAUAUGUUUUUAUCACUCAUAAAAAAAAUAGAUCAAGAUAUACUUAAUGACUUUAUUAGUACAUUAUUUAUAGAUUCUUAUAAAAAUUUCUUUACCAACAAAAAUUCUAUUAUCCCUAUUUACUUUUACAAUAGCAUAUACAAAUUCAUAGAUUAUAAUACAGAAGUGUUUAUGUACAAUCAUUCGGGUGAGGAAGAUACUACUAAUAUGAAAGAGGGCUUCUUAUUACGAACAACAAGGAAUAGUAACAUACAUCCAGAGGGAAAGAAUUGUGUACGAAGAAAAAGUUUAGCAGUAGAGGAAAAUAAAAUAUUCGCACAUAAUAAGGGCCAUGGAUACUCUACAUUGUUAGAAAAAAAAUCAAUUGGAAGGGAAUUGAACGAAGGUAGAAGGAAAAAAGAAGCUCAAUACUGCAGUAGCAAUAUCAACGGUAUUAAAAGGAAUGUUGGAGAAGAAGAGGAACAGAAGGAUACAGAAGGGGAAGAUGAGUUCUACGAUAAUGAGUUUGAUUACAACUAUAACGGAAGCAUGAACAAAAUUGUAAAUGUCAAUUUUAAGAAUAACCUUAAUAACAAAAUUCAUCUGAAUAACAAAAGCUUAAAUAUAUAUGAAGAAGUGUAUUGCUUUAAUUUCCUGUACAACAGAAAUGACCUGAACUUGUUAAGCAUCAAUUUGUUGAUCUUUUUACUUAACAAAAUAGGGAUAUAUGAAAUAAACAUAAAGAUUGAUGAAAAUAAUAUAAAGAAUUUAAUUAAGGGUAAUUUGUUUAUAUUUAAUAGAAAUAUAGAGAAGCAAAAUGAAAAUAAGAUGUUACAUACUUGUUUUUUACUUAGUUCUUUAUGUGAUACAACAUAUAUUAACGAAUUUGUUUCAAAGGAAGAUUUGUUUAGUUUAUUUUUAAAAAGUAAUAUAUUUGAUAAUUUAUAUGAAUUUAAAUUCAAUUAUUUAUCGACUAGUAUAUCUUUUUUAACAUUUCCUACGAACUUUUUAGAAAAUAAAAAUAUAUAUAUACCUCUUCCAAUGCUUAUUAUUUCUUACAUAACAGUCAUAUUAAAAGUAGUUGACAAGAAGGGAUUAUAUUUAUUUAAAAUAAUAGGCAAAUGGAUUAAUAAAAAUGUUAACAUCUUUGUUAAUAACUUGAUCGUAAAUAACUACCUUAUGAAGUCAAACGAAAUAAUACACGAAGUUAAUAAUUUCACCACAUAUAACCACACGCUAGUGUACAAGUGCUUGUGCUACUCCUCUACAUGUAACUUUACAAGGGAAAAGAAAAGCGGUGGAUGUAGAAGCGGCAGCAGUGGUUGCGGUGAUAGGGGUGGUAGUGUUAAUAGUAACAGAAAUAAUAGUGGAUGUGUUAAUAUGAAAACAAAUGAGAGUGGCAAUUCUAAUAAUAACAGAGGAGAUAACAGUAACAGCAGUGGCAUUGAGGAGAAAAACGCGAAUAUAUACCUUGAGCGGUACAGUAGUAGGAAUCAAAAGAACGAGAAGAAGAAUAAUCUUUUCGUUAAUAUAAACAAAGAUGUACAUCAUGAAGACAAAAGAACAACGGAAGAACAUAUAAACCAUGCAAACAUUAACCUGGUCAACCUUGAUAUAAUUUACACAUGCACCUACUACUUAUUGAGAUUAUAUAAAAACUAUUUACUGUACAUUCAUCAGAACUAUUUGACUUUAAAGAAGUUGAAAAUUAUAGAAACACGCAAAAGGACCACGAAAAAAAAGCAGUCAAGAAGAGCAAAGCUUAAGCAGCAGGAACAAUCCCUCGAAAGUGUAUUGGAAUUGGACAACGAGGAGGACGACGACGAAGAUGAUGAUGAAUAUGAAGAUGGCAACGACGAAGACGAAGAGGAAGACAACGACGAACACGAAUGCAAACACAACGAUGAACAGAACAGCUACCCUCAUAAUUAUCACCACCUUGAGCAACGCUUAUAUUACAACCAUAGCGAGGAGGAAGAAGCAAGACGAGGAAGAAUUAACGGAAGGAGGGAACGAAUCAAUGAGCAGGUGGAAGAGAGAAAUUACAACGAUGACCAGUUGGAGGAAGGGGAAGAGAUACAUGUAGGUAAAAUGACUAAAUAUGGUGAGUACACAUCCAAAAUUAACAAUGCAUUAUUAUAUAACGAUAGUAAUAACAUGGAUAAAUUAGGAAAUUAUCAUUUGGGCAAUUAUCAUGAUAGUUCAUGUGAAUAUUAUAAUAGAUUUAUGAAGGAGGAGGAAGGGUUCUUUUUAGACAAUUCGUUAAGUUUUGAUUUUGAUGAAAUAUCGUUAAAUAUUUGUAACAUAAUAAAAGAGCAUAUAUACAUCCUUCAGUAUAUUAAAGAUUUACUAAACAUAUUGUCUAUAUUUGUAAUAUAUGAUAUAAGUUUAAAAGAUGAAAAUGAUUUACUCAAUAAAAAUUUAAAUAAUUCAAUGCUUGAAAAAAGGAAAAAAAAUAUACGAACUCACCGAAUAUUACAAAAUAUUAUUCCAAAAUAUUCCAUAAAAUUUCAUUGCAUUAAUUUGUGCCUAGAUAUAAUUGAAUAUGAUAUAGGUUUAUAUGACGAAUAUGUACAACAAUCAAAAACGAAAUAUUAUGAAUAUAUUAAAAUAGUACUAAAAGUUUUUAUGAACACUUGUUUUUAUUUUAUUAAUAUCAUAAAGUUUGAGAAUUUCCACAUGUUGAAAAGUGUAUCUAUGGCCAUGAAAAAGUUAACCAACAUUAUUUACUUCUUGUUGAACAAUUUAACUAUAAAAGAAAAACCCGACGAGCAUAAAACAGGGGGAGGCAUAACAGAUUCAGAUAAGACUGGCGCGAAUAACACGAAUGAAGGUGAAACGAGUGAAAGUAAAACUGAUGCAAAUAUAACGAGCGAACAAAGGACAAAUGAACAGAAUUCUUUCUUAUUGAAUAAAUUCAUUUACGAUAAAAGUGGGUUUAAGAAAAAUGCCCAUGAAAUCACCACGGAGUUGUUUAACUCGGAAUAUAGCAUUUUCAAUGAUAAAAAAUGUUCAUCAGAUAAUAUAAAGAAGUUUUUAGAAAAUAUUGAAAUAGAUAUACAUGUGUUAAAGAAAAUUUUAACAUGUGUUAUUUACUUUACCUACGCAAUGCUUAGCAAUCAGAAAGUGAAUAAAAUUAAUAUUGAAAAUAUUAACUUAAAUCAUAUUAACAAAAUAAACAUAAAGAAAAUUGCUAAUACGUACCUAGAGAACAACAAUAUAUUGAAGGUUUUUACCUUUAUUUUGCAGCGAUCUACACAAAUCUAUUACCUGCUAUACAGUUACGCCACAAAGACGUAUAAAUAG